UCCUAGGACGAAGGACAGCAUCCUGCGUGGCGCCAGCUUAGCGGGAAAGGAUUGGGGACGGAUAUAUAAAGGGACGAGCCCCGGAGGGAGACAUAUCAGCUUCUCUCCAGUGCUGGAAAGGGAGCACGUGCACCAUGCGGUCCUUCAUAGCUUUAACUUUCGUGGCGGCGCUGAGUGUAGCUGCGGCUGCGCCCGGAGGUUGUUGUGGAGGUGGCCAUGGCUCCUACGGCAGCAGGGGAGGAGGAGGACAUGUAGGAGGAGGAGGUGGCGGCCGAGGCGGUGGUGGCAGGAUCAUUAAGGCACAGCUUGUCGGAGUUGGCACUCUUCCCAGCACCGGUGGAGGCGGUGGCGGAGGCUCGGGGGUAUAUGGCACCCGAGGCGGUGGCGGACACAGGUUCUCCAGAGGACCUAGUAUUGUCCAAGCUCAGCUGGUCGGCGUCGGCACCCUCCCAAGCAUCGGCGGCACAGGCGGCGGAGGUUACAGCUCUCAUCGAGGCGGAUCUACGGGCAGCUUCGGCAGAUCCAGAGGUCCUAGCAUCGUGAAGGCACAGCUGGUCGGCGUCGGCACCCUCCCAAGCACCGGCGGCACAGGCGGCAGAGGCGGCGGCGGUUACAGCCAUCAUGGAGGAGGAUCUCGCGGCGGCUCCAGAAUCAUCCGCGCUCAGCUGGUCGGCGUCGGCACACUCCCAUCCCGCGGAGGAGGUGGACACGGGACUUCAACUGGACACGGGGUUUCAACCGGCGGGGGAUACGGCCGCCAUGGCUGGUAACGCGUGCUUUACAGUACCAAAUUUGAUUGAGUGUUUACAGAGCGCACCGCUGUAGCUCAGAUACAAAUAUAAUAAAAUCCAGAAACUAA